AAGGGAGGGAGAAAGGGAAGGAGAGAAGCUGGAGCAGCAGCAGCAAUAGCAGUAGCAGCCCCAGCAGGCGUCGGAGCAGGCGUCGGAGCAGGCGUUGGAGCAUCAGGCGGGGGGGAGAGAAAAGAGAGAGGGAGAGGGAGCCCGAGGCGAAAAAGUAACUGUCAAAUGCGCGGCUCCUUUAACCGGCGAGAUCAGUCCGGCUCCGAGAGUCAUGGCGACCGCAGCGUCUAACCACUAUAGCCUGCUCACCUCCAGCGCCUCCAUCGUGCACGCCGAGCCGCCGGGCGGCAUGCAGCAAGGCACUGGAGGAUACCGAGAGGCGCAGAGCUUGGUGCAGGGCGACUACGCCGCGCUGCAGAGCAACGGGCACCCGCUCAGCCACGCUCACCAGUGGAUCACCGCGCUGUCCCACGGCGGCGGCGGCGGCGGAGGCGGCGGCGGCGGCGGCGGCGGGGGCGGGGGCGGCGGCGGGGGCGGUGGAGACGGCUCCCCUUGGUCCACUAGCCCCCUGGGCCAGCCGGACAUCAAGCCCUCGGUGGUGGUACAGCAGCCCGGGCGUGGAGACGAGCUUCACGGGCCGGGGUCCCUGCAGCAGCAGCAACAACACCAGCAGCAGCAGCAGCAGCAACAGCAACAGCAGCAGCAACAGCAACAGCAGCAGCGGCCGCCGCAUCUGGUACACCACGCCGCCAACCAUCACCCGGGGCCCGGGGCAUGGAGGAGCGCGGCUGCAGCGGCUCACCUCCCUCCCAGUAUGGGAGCGUCCAACGGGGGCUUGCUCUACUCGCAGCCCAGCUUCACAGUGAACGGCAUGUUGGGCGCUGGGGGCCAGCCCACGGGGCUCCACCACCAUGGCCUACGGGACGCCCACGACGAGCAGCACCACGGGGAACACCACCCGCACCCGCAUUCCCACCCGCACCAGCAACCCCCGCCACCGCCACCGCCCCCGCAGGGCCCUCCAGGUCACCCAGGGCCCCACCACGAUCCACACUCGGAUGAGGACACGCCGACCUCGGAUGACCUGGAGCAGUUCGCCAAGCAGUUCAAGCAGCGGCGGAUCAAACUGGGAUUUACCCAAGCGGACGUAGGACUGGCUCUGGGUACCUUGUACGGGAACGUGUUUUCGCAGACCACCAUCUGUAGGUUCGAGGCCCUGCAGCUGAGCUUCAAGAACAUGUGCAAGCUGAAGCCUUUGUUGAACAAGUGGUUGGAGGAGGCGGACUCGUCCUCGGGCAGUCCCACCAGCAUAGACAAGAUCGCAGCCCAGGGGCGCAAGCGGAAAAAGAGGACCUCCAUCGAGGUGAGCGUCAAGGGGGCUCUGGAAAGCCAUUUCCUCAAAUGUCCCAAGCCCUCGGCCCAGGAGAUCACCUCCCUGGCGGACAGCUUACAACUGGAGAAGGAGGUGGUGAGAGUUUGGUUUUGUAACAGGAGACAGAAAGAGAAAAGGAUGACUCCUCCGGGAGGGACUCUGCCGGGAGCCGAGGAUGUAUACGGGGGGAGUAGGGACACGCCACCACAUCACGGGGUGCAGACUCCAGUCCAGUGAACUCUUUUUUGGGGGGAGGGGGAAGUACGAAGAGAUUGCUCCCCCCCUUCCUUACCCACUUCCCAGCCCCAUUGUUCCCUCUUUAACUUCUGAUUGUUACUUUUUUUUUAAUCCCCCCAAGGGGAAAAAAAGGCAACGAAAUCGCUGGACUAUCCUUUAAAGGGUAGCAGGUGUAACGAUGUGUUUUUGACCUUUACAGGCGAGUACCCAGGCAAUGAAGUGGAGUGAGUAUCUCACACACACAGGGGAAAGAGAAAGAGAGAAAGAGAGAGAGAGGGAGGGAAAGAGAGAGGGGGCGAGGGAGAGAUGACAGGGACUGAGAUAAUACCUGGCAAAACUAAAUUAAUUACCAAAAAUAUCUGCCAAACCAUGAUAAACACAAUUGCAGUUUCCAUCCUGGAAUGAAGCUCCAUAGCUCGCACAUGCUGCCGGUGUUUAUUUAAUGUGGAUUCCCAACGGGAGAGAGGACAAAACAAUACACAAAUUCUUUGAUGUCAACAGUAUUUAACCGUAGAAAUUUGCACUGCAAGAAAAUUGAAGUUUACAUGAACCAAUUCAUGAAAAUAUUCCCCACCUUCCCUAUUCCCCACACCCCACAGGUUCACUUUGAAAUUGCCUUGUAUUUUUUAUUCAGCAAUGAGAGUUGGCCAGUUUUUGGCAGCUCUUUUGAGUAUGUUGACCCUUGUUCUCCUUGCUUGUAUGUGAACUUUGGUUACCUUCAGCUCCCUUUACAUCGGUGUAACGUUUAUUUUCUCCUUUUACCAAAGCAAAAUGAUUGGCUUCAAACAAAAUAAACAGUUUCCGCUUUCAAGAAAAGUGCAUCGUCUCCCCGAUUUAUCCGAGCCAAGUUCCGAGCCUAGGACAGAAAGUCGAGUCCUCUUUAGAUUGCCACCAACAAAGUAAACUUCAUUUUCAGGCAGUGUUUGGGGGGUGGGGGUGGAGGGAAGAAAAAAGAAAAAUCGAUACUGAGUGACUGAUUGCUUCAUUUUAGCAGGCGGGCCCAUUGUGAAAGAGCUCCGAGGAAAUGUGGAGGUUAAAUACAUUUCCAGAGUUGUCCAACAGAAAGAAAGUGGCACUUUGAAGAGAACUAGGGAAAUAUUUGCCCUCAGACACCCCACAGAAAGUUCUCUGCCUUCAGUUUUCAUAACGUCAUCUCAAGGAAAUAUUUGUGCUGACGACAGCAAUUAAACUUGGGAACUCUGAAAAGAGUGAGUGUUUUCAUUUAAAAGAAAACAAUCCAAGAAUGUAAUUGUGUAUGCAUUUAUUACUUCAAAAUACAUCUGUGCAUACAUAGGAGUUCUCUCCGAUUUGUGCACUGAUCUUAUCUUGACUAGCUCAGGUUUUAUUUUUCAACUCAAAAUGUAUCAUCCCAUGCCUUCUCCUUCCAUCAUAUAUGGCACGAAAGGCCAGUCUGAUUUAGGAAGCUUAUUUUUUCUCUUUCAUCGAGGGAGCCAAAUUAACUGGGGAAAAAAUUGUCAUCUUCAGUCCACCUCUUUCUUCCCUUUGUUAAUAGAUUUAAGUGCUUUUCUUGACCUUCUCUUCAUGGAAAAUGGUUAACUUUCUAAAAGCAAAAGACUCUAUAGGGAAGUCUCAGAGAAAACUUGAAAUUAUUAAAAAUAAGCAUCAAUAAACUGUGAUGUUACAUUUUUUAAAAUGUACUUGGCAAAAAGGUCACUAAAAGGAAAAGACUUUUUUUAUCGCUUUUAAUCUAAAAAGGUUUUGUUCUUAGUAUUAACUUUUUUUUUUUUUUUUUUUUUUUUAAUGAAACUCACUACCAUAAAAUCACGGUUUGGUUUCCACACUGUAAUCAGUAGCCAGGGUUAGGUUUUUGUUUGUUUUUAUUUUUCAGAGAAUAUGCUUUUUUAGUGUAUUUUCAGAUUCCCAUGACUGAGUUUCAAAGUUUUGCCAGAUAAAUAGAGAUUUAUAACAGGCAUUUUAAUUUGCCUUUAUUGUAUUUCCCCAACGAUGAUCACAGUGAUAGGGCACAGAGCUGCUUUGGGGUGCAUCAAGCUGCUUGUUCUUUCAGUGUUGGGGACUGGCCCUUGGUGAAGUAAUUUAGAGCAGGGCAGAUAUCCAAUGGUAAAGGGAGGAAAUGAACUUUCAGAGACUUAUAAAUGCGUGGGUAAGGUCAGAAGACAGAGUUCAGAGGAUAUGUCUGUAAGAUCCUCUAACUCUUAACAGGUUUUAGUAAAACAAAAGUUACCACUGAACCUUCCCACAAUGUACAUAUGUUUAAUAUUUGUCUUUUGAAAUGCAGAAAUAGUUUAAAUGUUUCUUUGUCUAUUUUUCUUUU